UUUACGGGGAACAACGGUUAUUUUGCUAAUAUUGUAUGUUUUUUCAGUAAAGAUACCUGUAACAUUUUAUUCAUGUGUUUUAGGGUAAGAAUUCGAUAUCAGAUCUUAUGGAAGUGGCUGUAAAUUACAUAACAGAUACCAAAAAGAAUAUCAAGAAACUAGGUUUGCAGAGAGAGAAGCUAAAGAUGUUGUCUAAUUCAGGCAAUCUCAGUGCCAAUGUUGGAAGUUCCUCGAGUUAUUCGCCUGAUUUAGUCACAGUGAACCCUUGCUUAGAUGGUGUGGAAAUUCUAAUCAGCAGCUUCAAAGAGGAAGGGUCUCCCCUCUCCAAAGUGCUUACUGAAUUAAUAGGGAGAGGGCUUAAUGUUGUUAGCUGUUCUUCUGAAAAAGCUAAUGAAAGGUCCUUCCAUAUAAUUCAGUGUGAGGCCAGUGGUCUCAAAUGCAAUGUUCUUCCUGCGCUGCAAAGAAGACUGACAGAUGUGAUUAACCUUGGUUGCAAGACCUCUUAGGUAAGUGCGUACAGAAUACGAACUCUUGACAUGGAUUUGUGUCAUUAGUUUCUUAAGCAUUUGAGUGGUGGUAAUUCUCGUAGGCACUUAUUCUGUGUACUUAAAAUUUCUACUAGCUAGAUGGAUGUAAUUUAAUGGAUGUCCACUUACUUUGGCAGUUUCGAGUGUGCUAAUAUAUAAUCCUUUGAACCUUGCGUUGUUAUGAUCUGAAA